GUCUGGUAGGCAGUAUGCGCCGAUUUGCUGUAGGAAUUUGGUUUUAAACACUGAGUGACUUUGGAAGAUUUUGAACAGUUCAAGCUUUGUUUUUUAAACAGGAGGCGGGGAACGCGGUGAAAAAAAAGAAAAGAAAAGAAAAGAAAACUCCCGCGCUUUCGUUCUUUCAUUCAGCGUCAGUGUUUCUUUGGGGGCAGAAGUACAAUCUGAAAAUAGCUUCUCUCUGAAAGAAAAUGAAACGUACAAAUAACAGAAAUGUUACAGAGACAUACUUUGAGGGAGAGCAUCUGAGUGUGUCGGAUCUAAAAGAAAUGGAAAUACAGAACGGAUACCUGUAUAAGAACAACAUCCCUGCUUAUCCUGAACCUGUGGAGUUCAGUGUACAGAAAGUGUCUCAUGUCACUGGAGAAAGUGGUCUUAGGGCUAUUUUUCUCGAUUCAGGGUUCAGACAGCCACCGGAGCUGGUGGCUAAUGAUCAGCCCCAUUUGCUCUGGUGGGAUUUAGCAGUAACAUCUGAUGACAUAUCCUCAGCUGAGGGGCGUUUCCUCACGUCCUUAUUCCCUUAUCGAAGUUCUGCCCAAAUUCGCAACCAGCCGCCCUUCCUUGAGCACUUCACCAGCUCAAAGGCCUUCCAGGAAAAAUCUUCCUAUGGAAACUUCCGCUUCAUCUUUUCACUUAAGCAGCUUCUUUGGCUCUAUGGUAAGCAGUUCUGUGGUGACCAAAGUCCAGUUCUGCGCGUGUAUGAGACUGGGCUCUACCGACGAGAGAUUGUCUAUAAGGUCUUAGUGCAUCCUCGUGACAUAAAUCUUUAUGAUAGUUAUCCUCGACUGCCUAAUCGGGAGGACGGUGUGUGUGGGUACUAUGAUGGGGCUGUGUGGUGGCGCUGUCAAGCCCCCUCUGAAACCUACAAGCUGAAGCUUAAGGUGAACAAGUUGAAUUGUAGUGUUCAUGUGAGCCCCCACAAAGAAGAAUACUAUGUGUGGGAUCAUGUGUGUGUAGCUUUCCACAUGGAGCCGGGAUGGGUGUUGCGUGUGGACCGGAACAAACUGUUUAAAAAGGUGAAUGCAUGCGAAGUGUCUCAGCCGUGUCUUCUGAGAUCUCCGGAUACUCCAUUGAGUUUAAACGAGGCUGAGUGUAUACUAGCUGAUCUUGAGGCCGAAAUGGGCUAGGCUAAAACCACAGACCAUGUAGAUAUUACAUUCACAAGGAAUUGCAAAGAAUAAUGAUGCUAUGCAUGCGAGUUAGAUCAUUUACACCACUUGCCUUCAUUAAACAGCUUAAAUGCACAGCUAAUAAAAAUACAAAGCCUUACUUAUAAAGCAACACAUUUUUCAGUGCCAUAUUUUUCAAUUAGUGUUUAAACUGUUAAGAUAUAUAUAGAUUUUUAUAUUUCAUAUAUAAUGUAAACUUGGCUACAACAUCAAAAGCACAUUCUUAGGGUGAUGAUGCAAACUUAUGCAACAGUUAUACUAACUAUCUAGUUGCAGCCUGCUGUUUUUGGUUUGUUUGUUUGAUUAAUUAUUAAUGUGCCUUUGCACUGAUCAUCAUAAUUAAAAGGAUAAUUCACCCAAACAUGAAAAUUCUGUCAUUAAUUACUCACCCUCAUGUCGCUCCAAUCCCGCAAGACCUUUGUUUGCUACGUUUCUGGGUCUGGGAACAUUUCAGUUGCGUUGCUGUCUAUGGGAGGGUCAGAAAGCUCUCAGAUUUCAUCAAAAAUACCUUAAUUUGUGUUCCGAAGAUGAAUGAAGGUCUUAUGGGCUUGGAACAACAUGAGGGUGAGUAAUUAGUGACAGCAUUUUCAUUUUUGGGUGAACUAUCCCUUUAAGUGAAGAAUGGAUCACAUUUUAGCAUUCACGUAGAUGUCCAGAUAAUGAUAUAAGCUUUUUAUAAUAUAAAAUGACUUUUAAGUUUUACAUAUGUUCACAUUGUAUUUACAACCUCCACCAUGUAUUGAGUUAUUUUGUACAAACUAUUUAAAAAGAAAUUGUACUUCUAAUUGUGUCCACCAGAGGUCUAUGUUGGCUAGCUGGUUAUAUUGCUGUCACAUUUUUACUAAAACCCUGCUGAUAUUUUCUGUCAUUAUUAUUACUUUGAUUUUGAACUGUAAUUGUUUUUCUUUUAAGUAUCUUUUUAUGUUUAUUAUGUUUUGUAAAAUUUCAUAUUUUAAUAUACUUAAAUCUAAUGUCUAAUUGCACUAAAAUGUCUUUUAGCUGUUUGAAUCUGAUCUGAAUUAACAUUGCUCAUUGAUGUUACUUAAUAUCAAGUUGGUCUAUUGCUAAACCAAUAAAUAUGACUAUACCACA